AAUUGCCAGCAUAGGGCGUACUUUUCUAUCGCCUGGAUCAUUUGGCUGCAAGUUUGUUGAGAAAGUUGCCGAUAACCUUCAAUAGAGUCCGCAUUUAUACGUGUAUUUUUCUUAUACUAUUGUAUAAAUGAAACUGGACGCGUGGCAUAUGCCGGUACGCCAGUUACCUCGCUAGGUGAUCUAAAAAAGCCUGAAAUUGGAUUAACAUCGGCUGGAGCUAAACUAGCUAACGUCAGCUAAAGAAGUAACGUCAACAUUAGCGUUUGGUUUUAUCUAUGUUAAAGGUAGCUAGUUAGCUAGUUGCUGUAUCCCCUCAACUAUACCGGAUGGCAGGAUUUAAUUAGCCUGUCACGGUAAUUUGGGAUAAUAAACGAGGAACACCUACUGGACAUAACGUUAGUAUGAUAGGAAAUACUUUCUAGGUCGUUGUUAAUGUUAACCAACUGACAGGCUUAGUGCUAUACUGUAGCUAACGACACCAUUUGGUUGCUAGUUUGCUAUCUUCCUACCUUUACUAUGGAUAACUACCAUCAAAGGUAUGAUACUUCUGGCCAAAGUCGAGACAAUAAAUUGCACCGUAAAAAGGGAUUCGUCGCGGGAGUGGUAAUGGGAAGUUCUGGAAGUGAAGAUGCAGAAAGGAAACCAAAGUUCCUGGACCGCUUUGCCAGCAUCCGCAUUCCGGGUAGCAAGAAGGAGCGUCCCCACCUGUCACACUUCAAGCCCUCCUCAUCCUCUGAUUGCUCCACUUCUGCUGAGUUUGAAGAACUGUCCUCCAAAAUCACCUCUGAGAAGGAGAUCUUGGCCCUCUUCGAGAAAAUGAUGGAGGACAUGAACCUGAAUGAGGAUAAGAAAGCCCCUCUGCGGGAGAAGGACUUGAACACUAAGCGAGAGAUGGUCAUCCAGUACAUCAUGACUGCUGCCAAAACGGGCAGUCUGAGGAGCAGUCAUCAGAUUUCUCCCCAGGAAUUCCUGAGCGAGCUGAAGGCUGGAGUUGUAGAUGAGCGCCUUUUUGCCUGCCUAGACUCUCUCAGGGUCUCCCUCACCAGCAACCCUGUCAGCUGGGUGCAGAGCUUUGGACAUGAAGGACUUGGGUUGCUCCUGGACACGCUGGAAAAGCUCCUCUUCAAGAAACACCAAGAGAAAGUGGAUCGGAAGAGUCAACACAAAGUUAUCCAAUGCCUCAGAGCCUUCAUGAAUAACAAGUAUGGCCUGGAGAGAAUCCUAGGGGAGGAGAAGAGUCUGUCUCUGUUGGCGCGUGCAAUGGACCCCAGCCAGCCGGCCAUGAUGACGGACGUGGUCAAGCUGCUCUCGGCCAUCUGCAUAGUAGGAGAGGAGAACACUCUGGAGAAAGUUCUGGAAGCCAUCACCAGCGAGGGUGAGCGCCGGGAUCUUAGCCGCUUCACCCCCAUAGUGUUGGGCCUGAAAGACCGGUCUGUGCCACUGCAGGUAGCGUGCAUGCAGCUGAUCAAUGCGCUGGUGACCUCACCUGAGGAGCUGGACUUCAGGCUGCACCUGCGGAACGAGUUCAUGCGCUGUGGUCUCAAGGAGGCUUUACCGCAUCUGGGUGCUGUGAGGAAUGAGGCUCUGGACAUCCAGCUGAAGGUCUUUGAGGAGCACAAAGAGGAGGACAUGAUUGAGUUCUCGCACCGCCUCGAGGACAUCAAAAGUGAACUGGAUGAUGUGGGGGACGUGUAUAAUGUUGUACUGAGUGUGGUGCGGGAGACGCCGGCCGAGAGCCAUUUCCUCUCCAUCCUGCAGCACCUCAUGCUCAUCAGGAAUGACUACUUUGUCAGGCCUCAGUAUUUUAAGGUCAUAGAUGAGUGCGUGUCACAGAUUGUUCUACAUCGCAGUGGCACCGAUCCUGACUUCGCCUACCGCAAACGUCUGGAUGUGGACUUCGGCCAUCUGAUAGAUAUAUGUGUGGAUAAAGCUCGGGCUGAUGAGUAUGAGCAGAGGGCGUCCGAGUUGGCACAGAAGUUUGAUGAGGAAUUCAUUGGACGCCAGGAAGCAGAAGCUCAGCUUCUGAAGAGAGAUGAGAGGAUCACAGAGCUGGAAGCAGAAGUUCAAGCCUACAGGUCUCAGUUUGGAGCAGUUGCUGUCCCCUUAGCCACAGUGCACUCUUCGUCCUCCUCUACCUCACCAGCGGGACCUCCUCCUCCUCCUCCCCUUCCACCUGGUCCUGGAGGAGGCGCUCCACCACCGCCUCCCCCACCCCCGCCCCUGCCGGGCGGGAUUCCUGCUCCCGCCAUGAUGCCCCCUCUGUGCGGCGUGCCCCCGCCUCCGCCGCCCGGCGGCCUCCUGGGCUCCCCCACACACCACCAGCUGCCUUUUGGCCUGCGGCCCAAGAAGGAGUUCAAGCCUGAGACCUCCAUGAAGCGCCUCAACUGGUCAAAGAUUCGGCCACAGGAGAUGUCGGAGAGCUGCUUCUGGAUCGUGGCCAAUGAGGGCCGCUACGAGAACCCUGACCUGUUUGCCAGACUGGCCAACACCUUCAGCUCCAACAGACCUGGUAAAAAAAAUGAGGAAGGUAUGGAGCAGAAGAAACCUUCUAUCAAGAAGAGAAUCAAGGAGCUGAAGGUGCUGGAUCCAAAGAUUGCCCAGAACCUCUCUAUCUUCCUGGGCUCUUUCCGCAUGCCUUAUGAAGAGAUCAGAAGAAUAAUCCUGGAGGUCGAUGAGGAGCAGCUCUCUGAACCCAUGAUCCAGAACCUGGUGAAGCAUCUUCCAGAGCAGGAGCAGCUGAAUGCCCUGGCCCAGUACAAGAGCGACUACGACAGCCUGUCUGAACCUGAGCAGUUCGGAGUCGUGAUGAGUAGUGUGAAGCGUCUGAAGCCACGGCUGAACUCCAUGCUCUUUAAGCUGCAGUUCGAGGAGCAGGUGUGCAACCUGCGGCCGGACAUCCUGGCCGUGAACAGCGCCUGCGACGAGGUGCGCAAGAGCAAGAGCUUCAGCAGGCUACUGGAGCUGGUGCUGCUGCUGGGAAACUACAUGAACGCCGGCUCCCGCAACGCCAAGUCCUACGGCUACGACCUCAGCUCCCUCUGCAAGCUGAAGGACACCAAGUCUGCAGACCAGAAGUCCACUCUGCUUCACUUUCUGGCUGAGGUGUGUGAGGAGAGGUAUCCAGAGGUACUGCACUUUGUGGAUGACCUACAGCACGUGGACAGAGCAAGUAGAGUUUCAGCAGAGAACCUUGAGAAGAGUCUCCGUCAGAUGGAGCGGCAGCUACAGCAGUUGGACAGAGACCUGCAGACCUUCAGCUCCCCUCAGGACCAGCAAGACCUGUUCACCAUCAAGAUGACCAGCUUCUCCCAGCAGGCACGGGAGCAGUACCAGAAGCUGGUCACCAUGCACAGCAACAUGGCCGCCCUCUACCAGAACAUGCUGGAGUACUUCGCCAUCGACCCCAAGAAGACAUCCAUCGAAGAGCUGUUCACCGACCUCAGCAACUUCAGGGCUAUGUUUGCGCAAGCGGUGAAGGAGAACUGUAAGCAGCGCGAGGCGGAGGAGAAGCAGCGGCGGGUGCGACUGGCCAAGGAGAAGGCUGAACGUGAGAAGCAGGAGCGCCAGCUCAAGAAGAAGAGGCUGCUGGAGGUCAACGCAGAGAACGAUGAGACGGGGGUGAUGGAUAGUCUGCUGGAGGCUCUGCAGUCUGGCGCUGCCUUCCGAGACCGCAGGAAAAGAGCACCACGGCCCAGAGAUGCACCGUCUCAAACAUUGAGCCCCAGCACUCAGCGACCCAUUCUGAGGCCCAGUACCCACGAGGAUACCCCUCAGUCAGUCGGACCCUCCUUCCAAAGACCCAUCCUCAAGCCUUGUACCCACGAAAACAUACGGCCCCCCCUCCAGAGGUCGCGCUCACGGCAGAACAUGGGGCUGACCUCAUGUGCCCGGCCCCCUGCCGCCCGUGAUCCCCAUCAGGAGAUCGACCCCCGCCGAGGCACGGGCCAGCGCGUCGAGCGGGAGAAGGAGAGAGAGAAGGGAAGAGAGAGCCCCACCGCGCCUUCAGCUCCUCUCACCAACGGCGGGGACACAGACGUGGAGGCCCUGCUCGCUCGACUCAGGGCGCUGUGAGCAGAAGGGUGGCCCCUUCACAUUAGACCCCCCCUUUGUGUGUGUUCGGGGGGGGGGGGGUCUGGUCUUUCGGCUGUCUCUUUCCUCACGUGGUGUCAUCUCCAUUAAGCCCCCUGUUUGUCACUCAUGGUGUGAGCUGUGGGCAGUAGAGACAGCAGCAGUCCCAGUGCUUAGCCCCUCCCUCUGGCUCUCUCUCUAACUCUCUAAAGUCCAACCCAGAGGUUAACUGCCCCCAGCAUUUUAGGCAGCAUGUGUCCGCCGUAAGGGAAGGAAAUUGAUCUCAUUCUAUAAAGCUUUUGUGUAAAUGCAACACGAUGGUGCCGCGCACCUCAUAAACACACCCCUGGCAAUGAAGGGAAGGAUCAUGCGCCUGAUAGACUGAUAGCGUCUCAGUCAUAUUUAUGAGAGCGUUUCCCCUGCACGGCUUUAUAUGAUAAUGUGGAGGGCAGCGUGCUUACAGCGGCUCUCCCUGGGGACACUGUCCAUUGUCACACAGCUUCAUUCCAAUGAUUGAAAAUGACUGGCCCGCUCAGUGCGUUCAGCAGUGCAGGUUACAAACACACAUACACACACAUACACACGAAUGGCAAUCCUCUGUGAUGAAGGAAAUACACAUUAACAGCGUUUAAAUGUAUUUUAUAUAUAAGUCAGUUCAGCUUUUACUGAGGGACGUAGGGGCCUCACACUUCACUCUGCAUUCCUUUGCACUAUAACAAAGCACUUCCUAAAUCUAUACUUCCUGCUGCAAAGGUUUCAUAUUUAACUCAACACAAUUCUUCAAAUUCAAUUUAUAUAGUCAUAUACGUCCCAAUCACACAUUAAUUAAGAGUAUUUUUGUAUAACCAGAAAAAUUAAAAAGCUUAUUCGUUCUAUAUUAAACAAAAAAUCUAUGCAAUGCUUUUUAAUUUGCAUCCUUCAGAUCUUUUGCAAUAUAUUGUCUUAUCUUACCAACUAAAAAUGUUUUAUGCAAAUAAAUAUGUAACAUUUAUGCAGAGAAAUAUUGCAAUGUUUUCUAUAUCCUUCUAUACAUAUUAUAUUGGCUUGUAUUUCCUCUGUAAUGAUAUGUAGAUGUUUGUUGUUAAACUGUUAUCUUCCUUUGAUUUUGAUAUGUUUCUUGCUCUCUUCGUUUGUGUGUGUGUGUGUGUGUGUGUGUGAGAGAGAGAGACAGAGAGAGA